AUGAAAGAAAACGAAUGGAAAUGUUACAAGUGUGGAUGUUCUCCUGCUCAUGAUCGUAACAUCACCUUGCAUCGUUUUCCUAAGCCUGGGAAAAAAAGCUUACGAUGUGAAUUAUGGGCGAAGUACUGUUUUCCUCAUGACUCUUGGUGGUCACCAGAAUUUCAAAACAAGCUUCAUUCUAAGCAUUUAAUGUUGUGCACUAAGCAUUUUAAGAAAUCAUCAUUCAUUGAUAAUUUUGGAAAGAGGCUAGUCAAAUCUGCAGUACCUGAUGAGGAAUUUGAUAAGAUCACAUUAGCUGACCUUAAUUUGGAACAAAGGAAUGUCAUUCAACGUAUUGCGGGUCCAUCAACUACUAAACAACCACUGUCUGAAAAUAUUCAGAAGACUAUAACUGUUCCAAAUGUAUUUGAGCCGGUUGCGGGUCCGUCAAAAUGUAUACAACCCUUGUGUGAGAAUGUGCAUUAUAAGACCAUUCCUGACAAAACUAGUGCUAUUCCUCAAGUAACUGAGAAUAUCAACCCUGUUGCUGCUGCAAAUCCAUCCACGAAAAACAAAAAGGAUAAAGAUAUGUUGAUAAAAAUGAAAUAUCAUCUGAGAAAAAUUAACAGGCUUCAAAAAAAUGUAAAGCAUCUAAAGAAUGAAGCAUUUCUCAAAUCUGCUUGGGCAACCAUAUCGAUGACAAUGGCCUUCGAAGUUGAAUGUAAUUCUGACACAUUUUCGACAGACCAAGUUUUAACUACACCACUAGAAGAUGUGCAAAGUACUGGAGACUGA